GUGAAUGGCAUAACGCUCAUCCUGCACUGUCGUCAGUGAGUAAGUGAGUGAGUGAGUGAGUACAAGGGUCCCGGGUACGCUACAGAUACGGUUAACGGAGCACAAAGCAGGCCUGGGUCAAGAUGCCGGUGGGUCUUCUCUCCAGCCUCAGCGGUUUCCUCAAGCUGACCGGCAAGACAGACAUUGACAGCCCCGUCAGCAAACUGCACCACAACUUCACCACACUUAUUUUGCUAUGCUUCUGUCUCCUCCUCUCCGCCUCGUCUCUCAUUGGCGACCCCAUUCAGUGCACGUUUAACGACCACCCGCUGAUGAAAGAGGACAUGAUUAAAACCUACUGCUGGCUGCACACUACCUUCACUCUGCCACGCCACUACAAGGGUGCGGGACAGAUCUACCCGGGCAUCGGCGCCACCACAUCUAACGGCGAGUUUGUUUACCACGCCUAUUACCAGUGGGUGCCUUUCGUUCUCUUCCUGCAGGCCAUCAUGUUCUACGCACCAUACUGGCUGUGGAAGAUGUGGGAGGGAGGCGUGGUGGAUUCCGCGUCCACAGACCUGGCGGCGCCCGUUAUGAAUAAAGAGGAGCUCAAAGGCAAGAUCGAAAUGCUGGGCGACUACCUGCAGGCCUCGCUGGGCCAACACAACAAGUACGCCAUGAAGUACCUGGGCUACGAGGCUCUCAACUUGGUGGUCACCAUCAGCAAUAUCUGUGUCAUGGACGCCUUUCUGGGAGGCAAAUUUAUCUCAUACGGCACCAAGGUGUUCUCCUUCGCGCAGAUGGAGGAUGAGGACCGCAUCGACCCCAUGAUCAUGCUGUUCCCGCGCAUGACCAAGUGUACCUUCAGGGCUGUGGGACCGUCCGGCACCACGGAGAAACUGGACAGCCUGUGCAUCCUGCCCCACAACAUCCUCAACGAGAAGGCGUACCUGUUUCUGUGGGUGUGGCUGUGGAUCCUGCUGGUGGCUGGCUCCUUCUCCGUCCUGUGGCGCUGCAUCGUCUUCUUCGUGCCCUUCAUGCGCAUCAACCUCCUGCGCAACUACACGCAUGGACUCAACAACAAUGAGACGAAGGCGCUCUCUACUUACCUGAGCGUGGGGGACUACUUCCUCUUCUACCUGCUGCACAAGAACGUGUCGCGCCUGGCCUUCACCGACCUGGUGCGGGACGUGGCGGGGCGCAUCUCCAGCAGGGACUCAGAGAGCCUGGAGAUGGGCGAUAAGGUGCGCAAGGACAGCAAGAAAUACCAUCGCAUGAACUCACCCAGGCCUACACCAUCUGGAGGCUUAUGGACCUGAUGGGGUCCCUCCUAUUGUUCUCCGAAACUGCGUUUCCGUGCUUACACCUUGCCUAGUCAAAGCCUUUCAACUUUGUCUAUCAACAUCUACCUUUCCUUCUCCUGGAAGUUUGCCCACAUUCAACGUGUUUCUAAAAAGGGUGACCGUUCUUAUCCCUGAAACUACCGUCCUAUCCUCAAUAGUAAGAUUCUUAAACAUCUAUCACUUCACACCCUUCUAUCUGAUCGCCAGUAUGGGUUCCGUCAAGAUCGCUCUACUGGUGAUCUUCUGGGGUUCCUUACUGAGUCUUGGUCAUCCUCUUUUGGAGAUUUUGGUGAAACUUUUGCUGUUACCUUAGACAUAUCAAAAGCUUUUGAUAGAGUAUGGCACAAAGCUUUGAUCACCAAACUACCCUCCUACCGCCUCUAUCCUUCUCUCUGUAACACCAUCUCAAAUUUCCUUCCUGACCGGUUUGUUGCUGCUGUGGUAUACGGUCACUGUUCUUCUCCUAAACCUAUUAACAAUAGUGUUUCUAAGGGUUCUCUUCUGUCACCCACUCUCUUCCUAUUAUACAGCAAUGAUCUUCUAAAUCAAACUUCUUGUCCUAUUCCCUCCUACACUAACGAUACCACCCUGCACUUUUCCACGUCUUUUCGUAGAUGUCCAACCCUUCAGAAAGUAAACAGUUCACGCAAGGAAACUAAAGAACACCUGACUUCUGAUCUCUCUAAAAUUCGAUUGGAGCAGAGCAAACAUAUUAUUGUUCAAUGCCUCAAAAACUCAAUUCCUCCAUCUAUCAACUCGACACAACCUUCCAGACAAUUAACCUCUUCUUCAAUAAUACUAAACUGUCCCCUUCUACACUGAACAUCCUCGGUCUGUCUUUUACUAAUAAUCUAAACUGGAAACUUCAAAUCUUGUCUCUAGCUAAAACAGCUUCUAUGAAGUUAAGCGUUCUGAGUCGUCUCCACCAGUUUUUCUGUUUUUCUCAAUUUCCCUCCCCCUAGCUGCUAACUCUGUACAGGGGCCUUUUCCGUCCAUGUAUGUAGGGUUCCACUCAUACCGCUCUUUCAGACAAGUUGGAAUAAAUAAUUUUACAUCUCAUCAACUCCUCCCCUCUAACCGACUGUCUUCAGCCUCUUUCUCAUCGCCACAAUGUUGCAUCUCUUGCUAUCUUCUACCGCUAUUUUCAUGCUAACUGCUCUUCUGAUUUUGCUAACUGCAUGCCUCCCCUCCUCCCACGGCCUCGCUGCACAAGACUUUCUUCUUUCUCUCACCCCUAUUCUGUCCACCUCUCUAAUGAAAGAAUUAACCAGUAUUCCCAGUUAUUCAUCCCUUUCUCUAGUAAACUCAGGAACCCCCUGCCUGCUGCUGUAUUCCCACCUUCCUAUGACGAACUCUUUCAAGAGGGAGAUUUCAAGAGAAUUAUCUUCUAAUUUUUGACUACCGGUUUUGACUCUGAUCGAGGACUGGCACCUCAAAAACUUUGUGGGCCUUUUUUUUUUUUUUACGAUUUUGUUGCCCUCGGCCGGUGCUUAUUCGACAUAGAAAAAGAAAAAAAUUGAUGCACAUAAACAUACACAAAUACUAUCAGUCACAAAUAUCUUAGUUAUAAGUGUAUGAUUGAUUAUUUUUUACAUUAGUACUUACAGAAUGACGCAUUGUUGAUUACGAACAAUAAAGAAUUUCCGUAUCUAA